AUGUCAUCUUCAAAGAUACCUUGCACGCUGGUGUGGUUACGCCAAGAUUUAAGAUUAAUUGAUAAUCCUGCAUUAUUUCAUGCUGCAAAACGUGGUCAACUUAUUACUGUUUACAUUUUCGAUGAAGAUUGCUCUGGCAAAAGGAGAACAGGCCAAGCUUGUUUAUGGUGGCUGUAUCAUAGCUUGAAAUCAUUGCGUAAUCAACUAAGCCAAUGGAAUAUUCCCCUCAUUGUGAAAAGCGGUAAAGAUGCAUUUACUAUUUUAAAGGAGUUGCUCGAUAGUUAUAACGCCGAUGCAAUUUAUUGGAAUCGUUGUUAUGAACCAUUUGAAUAUAAUCGAGAUUGCUCGAUAGAAGAAAAAUUAAAAAUGGAAAACGUUACCGUUGAAACCUAUCAAGAUAGAGUAUUAUUCGAACCAUGGACAAUCAAGACAGCCAAAGGAGGACCUGUACAGAUAUAUGUUCACUUCUGGAAUCAGUGCUUGUCAUUACCACAACCUCGCAAACCUUACGACAAACCUAAAUUUAAGAAUCAAACUGGGUGCCAAAGUAAAUGCGAUGAGCCAGCAGUGUGGCAACGAUUGGCCAAAUUAUCACAGGAUAUGCCAAUGAAAUUACAAGAUUUCUGGCAUCCAGGCGAGGAGCAAGCAAUUUCAAAACUAAAAUCCUUUAUUAAAAAUUCAUUAAAUGCUUAUGCAGAAAAGAGUCAAUGCCUGCGGUUAAAUACAACAUCCAAUUUAUCACCUUACUUACAUUUCGGUGAGAUUAGCCCUUUCACUGUCUGGCAUAGUGUUCGUCACGCAUCCUCCUCUGCAGAGCCACCUGCAGUCAAAUCAGAAAGCUUAAAACAAUAUCUUCGUUCGCUAGGAUGGAGAGAAUACACAUGCCACUUACUAUUUCAUUACCCUGAUUUACCUCAGAAAUGUUUUCGAUCCAGUUUUGAGCAAUUAAAACUACAAGUCGAUCCAGUCAAAUUGCAAUCAUGGCAGCAAGGUAACACCGGUUAUCCAGUUGUUGAUGCUGGCAUGCGCCAACUCUCAGUGGCAGGUAUCAUGCCGAAUCGUCUUCGAAUGAUUGUGGCGUCAUUUUUAAUUAAGCACUUAUUAGUCCCAUGGCAAAAAGGAGAAGAAUGGUUCUGGAGCAAAUUAAUUGAUGCUGAUUUAGCUCAAAAUGCAUUCAAUUGGCAAUGGGCAGCCGGAAGUGGACCUAACGCAUGUCCUUAUUUUCGCGUUUUUAACCCGAUAACCCAAGGUGAAAAGUUUGAUGCCGAUGGUUAUUAUGUGCGAAAGUGGAUACCUGAACUUGCUGCAUUGCCUAACGCGUACAUACAUAAACCAUGGGAAGCACCUUCUACUGUAUUAAAGAAAGCAAAUAUAGUACUAGGUAAAACGUAUCCUCGACCAAUAGUACAACACAAAGCAGCUCGUGAACUUGCUUUAGCUACAUUUGGACAAACCAAGCGUAAGCAAGAACCUCCAACAAGCAACAGCAAUAAACGAGUAAAAGAAGAGUAG